AUGUCUUCAAGAAGUGUGGUGAAGUGUGGUAUUUGUCUCCUUACGUUAAUGUUAAUAAAUAAUAUAUGUGCUCAAAAUUUAACACUCAUACUAAACAACACACUAUCAUGGGGAAAUAAAGAGUUAUAUGGUGGUUUUAUAAAUAUAAAGGCAAAUUCCACUCUCCAAGUUGACUGUAUCAAUGAAAACAAGAAUGUAUCUUAUAUAAUAUUUCAAGUCCAUAGUCAUUUAUAUAAUAUAACAUUGUAUAAUACUACAAAUGUUCUUGGAUCAUCUAUAUAUGGUACCAAUUUAGGAUUAUAUAGUAAUGUUUUACCUACUAUUGAUACAUUUUUUAUAAUAAACCAAAAUUUGGUUAGUCUGUUGCUUUAUGUGUCUGUUCAUGGAUAUAGUCUUGAUGACCCUAUCCCUGGUGGAUGCAACAUGGAGUUUCCCGUGCCCAUAUCUCCGUAUCUACAAACUAAAUAUAAUAAUGAAUAUAUUCUGGUUGAUGCACCACCACCUAAAGAUCAAUUAGAUGAUAAAUGCAACACUAUUGGUAAUGUAGUGUUGCUAUUUUAUAAAAUGUACUUGCCUGAACGAAACUUCGAGGCUGAUGUUUAUUUUGAAGGUAUUCAGAAAAUGUUGACAGUUGACAAUAUUGAAGAAAAUGGGGAGUUUGUCCCAGAUAAUGGUCUCCACAAUCGACGCAUGCUCAGUGCGUACCAAGGUGUAGGAUCUAUCUACGUGGCUGUAGCAAUUAGUGUAGAGAACGCAAGCGCGUAUUCAGUGUACGUGCCAACGUAUACGUACGCAUGCGCGCCUUUAGUCGAAGGAGACUGUGACAUUUUUGAUGAUGUAUUAUCACAAUUAUUACUCGCAUCCAUAUUGUUUAUUGGUUUGUUUGUGUGUUACUACGGACACAGGUUCUUUAAGACUGAGAUGUUUUUAAUAGGAUUGAUAAGUGGCGGCAUUGUUACCUAUAUACUUAUUUCUUUGAUGGCUGAUUUGGAUAGACCUGCACUACUUGGUGCGUCUAUACUUUCUGGAAUAUGUUUUGGGGCAAUAUGGUUACUGUUCUGGUGGUUUUACGGUAUACCUGUUCUCGCUGUGUUUCUAGCGACACUAGAUGUGGGGUUUCUAUUCUCAGCUAUAAUUUACUACGGCCUACCAGGUGGUUUGACAGCUCUACAAUUCGACGUAAACUUCUGGACUUUAUUCAUAUUUAUAAUGCUCACAACUUCCUUGCUUCUGGUGUCUAUGACGCUUAUGUCAAAUAUACUCUGUUGCGCGAUACUCGGCGCGUACGCAGUAGUAUACUCUAUGGACUAUUAUUUGGGCUCUAGUAUGAAAUAUAUUAUCAUAAAUACAGUGAGACGAGCAACCGUACCGAAGUUUAAUAAAGCUGUCUUAGAUCCACCUUUCGAAUGGGAAGAUUCUCUCAUGUGUCUGUUGUGGGUUGGUUUGGCGAUGUCUGGAUUCCUCUUCCAACACUUUCAUAACUACGGUCGUCCGCCAUUUCCCCCACCACCUAGGAGCGUUCGACCUGGAGUCCCGAGAUCCUUGUAUGGGGCAACACCUCUUGGACCCAGCCGUUAUCCUCGUGUCAUCUCAAGAAAUCAGCGCAGCACUGUAACCAGUGAAAGAUCUCCACUAUUGGCUUAA